AUGGAUCGAGCGAUUGCACAAUGGCUGCAACAGACAGGCCAACCCGCUUCCAAACUACCUACUCUGAAACUGCCAUACACCAUCUACGGCCAUCUGCUCCUCCUUUCUCAAACCGCAUUCACAAGCCCUGAAUGGAAACAAGUCAAACACGAGCUCAACAACGACCUAAGCACCCUCUACCCCAUCCUCGCCACCCACCUCAAAAUUACACACAUCGCAAUCAACAGCGCAAUCCCUCCAUCUGUCUCCGACAAUGUCAAUCACGAAGAAGACAACAUCCUCCGCUCCCCCUCCAACUUGAACCCCAUCUAUGGCGACUUCGGCCCCAACACGGCUUCCUCUCACCCAACAAACUCAGAUUUCACCGCAGCCUUCUGGACGACAGCAAAGCAAAACGGCAUCCAGCAAACCUGGACCCCGCGCUGGACAAUGUUCUCCCGCGGCAACGUGAGCGAGAAAGCACGCCUGUUGGACCUACCUUCCGUCCAUCUCGCGGUGGAGGAAGGAAAGGCGAGUGGAGCCGGUUCCUGCGCGGUAGAUUUGUUCGUCGGCAUCGGGUAUUUCGCCUUUUCGUACUUGAAGGCUGGCGUGAGGGUUGUCGUUGGGUGGGACUUGAAUCCUUGGUCUGUGGAGGGGUUGAGGAGGGGAGCGGAGGCGAAUGGGUGGGACGAGCAAGUUGGUGAGGCGGUUUCUGCUGGCGGAGAGGCGAGAUUGCUUGUGUUUAAUGAGGGGAAUGAGAAUGCUGGACGCAGGAUUGGGGAGAUGAGAGCGAGACUCCCGCCUGUCAGGCAUGUAAAUUGCGGGCUUUUGCCUACUUCGCGAGCGAGCUGGCGGACGGCGGUGGAGGUGUUGGAUCCGGAGCUGGGUGGAUGGGUGCAUGUGCAUGAGAAUUUCGCUGUGGCGGAGAUUGAGAGUCGGGCAGAAGACGUGCGGGAGGCGUUCCAGGGGCUGUGCGGUGGGAGGGAAGUGCGGAUUGAUCAUGUCAAUCGUCUGAAGAGCUAUGCUCCCGGCGUGAUGCAUUGCGUGAUAGAUUUACAUGUUUCCCCUCGCUGCAAUGCGGAGUGA